GUAUGGCCGUGUGGUUGGUAUGCUCACCAUGUUUGCCCUGUCUUUCCUGAUGGUCAACGUGGGCCACGAGUUCGUGAUCGAGAGAAGCAAGCUCGGAAUCUAUGCCCAAGACUACUUGGUUGCCAUGUCGGCGGCAGGUCUUCCUUGGAUUUUUGUGGCGCUGUGGCUCCAUUUUGCGCUGCCGAAUUCCGGCUUAGCCUGGGGGUCCGCGCUUCUAAUGGCGCGGUUUGCGGCGCCCACAAGUGCCGGUAUAUUGUUCAACAUGUUGGAG